AUGACACUCUACUUGGCAGGAGGAUUACUUAAAGAAGUCUCAGUUCUAGAGAAGCUUUCACAGGAAAUACAGAGUUAUCUGCUGAAGAACUUCAGUAUAUCAGAUUAUAAAGACGAAGAAGAAGUGAUUCAUCCUUGUCAAGUUAAUUCACCUCUGUCUAAGUCAACAAGUGACUGUAAUAAAACAGGUGCUAAAAAGCAAAUUCAGGAAUUAUCCUGUGGUUUGGAAUUCCUUCUCACUGAAAACCCCGACAACAAAGUACUACCCAACUCAGUUUCAACUUCAUCAACAUCUCCUACUUUACCAUCAACUGGUACGUCUUCAUCCUCACCUGACAGAGCUAUUUUGAAAUCCGAAACUGACUUGGCGCCAAUUAAUCGAAACCCCAGUUAUCCUGCAAAGCAACAGAAGAUUCGUUUAGAAAAGGAGAGAGAUAGUUUACACCGUAGUGAUGCAAUACAUAAACCAACAAACAUUCGUAAAUUAUCUAGUUCAAAAGGCAGUAAAACAAAAGAAAGCAUUCAUUUAAAAGCUUUGCUCAGUCGAUAA